UUCUAACCGUAUACGCGCUACUCUCUCUCUCUCUCUCUCUCUCUCUCUCAUUUUUAUCUUUCAGCUCUCUCUCUCUCUCUCUCCUCUCUGAGCUCUCUCUGCUUAUGCAUCCAAUCAUUAAGAUCCAUUCAUCUUGUGGUUACUCUUCCUCUUCUUCUUCUUCUUCUUCUUCACGGCGUACGACAAUGACGACGUCGCCGCCGCCGAUUCAGACCAAUCGAGUUCAGACUGUUCAGUCUCUCCAAGUUGACGACAACAAGAAAGACGACACUCAGCCUUUCAUUGCUAGGGCUUCAACUUACCCCAGGCGCAGACCCUCUACGCUGCGGUCUCCCCUCCUCCGCCAGCGCUCUCUCACACGCAACAUCAGCCACGCCGCCUCUGAGACUUAUUUGGUCACUGGACUUGCCUUCAAGCUCCUCACUUUCCUCGGGGUAGGCUACCGGUGGAUCUGGAGAGUUCUUUCCCUAUGUUUUUAUGCAAUGUUACUUAUGCCAGGCUUUCUCCAAGUUGCAUAUUACUAUUUCUUCUCAAGCCAAGUCCGACGGAGUAUUGUUUAUGGAGAUCAGCCUAGAAAUAGGUUUGAUCUAUAUUUACCAAAAAACAGUGAUGGCCCAAAGCCAGUCUUGGCAUUUGUAACUGGUGGAGCCUGGAUAAUUGGGUACAAAGCAUGGGGUUCUCUUCUAGGAAAGCAGUUAGCAGAAAGAGACAUCAUUGUAGCAUGCUUCGAUUACAGAAAUUUUCCUCAGGGGACCAUCACUGAUAUGGUUGAAGAUGUUUUGCAAGGGAUCUCAUUUGUGUGCAACAAUAUUGUUGACUAUGGAGGUGACCCUAACAGGAUUUAUCUAAUGGGGCAAUCAGCUGGUGCACACAUUUCUUCUUGUGCUCUCUUGGAGCAGGCAGUUAAAGAAUCCGAAGGAAGGAGUGUCUCUUGGAGUGUCUCCCAGAUAAAAGCCUAUUUUGGAUUGUCUGGCGGGUACAACAUACCCAGCUUGGUUGAACACUUCCAUGGUCGAGGUCUUUAUCGCUCCGUCUUUCUAAGUAUAAUGGAAGGGGAAAAAUCGUUGCAACAUUUUUCUCCUGAAAUUAGGAUACAGGACCCAAGGAUCUGCAAUGCUGUUGCUAUGCUGCCCCAAAUUAUCCUUUUCCAUGGAACCUCAGAUUACUCCAUCCCAUCAGACGCAAGUAGAGCUUUUGCGGAUGCUCUCCAGAGAGUUGGAGCAAAAGCGGAACUUAUUUUGUAUUCUGGAAAAACUCAUACCGAUUUAUUUCUUCACGAUCCUCUGAGAGGUGGUAAAGAUGAGCUCUUUGACUAUGUUGUUGCUUUCAUUCAUGCUGGUGAUAAAGAAGCUCUUGCAAAGGAUGCCGUAGCACCUCCAAGACCUCGUCUUCUUCCCGAAUUUCUAUUGCAGUUGGCUCGUCAAGUCAGCCCCUUUUAAUUUCUUCCGGUUCUAAGGUUGAUUUUUUUUUUUUUUUUUCCGCAGCCCAUUAGAGAGUGUAUUGUCCUACUUUGUGUUACAUAGUUGCAGCAUUCAAGUUUGGAUCCCAGAGAAUUUUCACAGAGAGUUUCCUUGGCUGAUUUGCUAUCCUUCUUGGUAAGCAUGAUAUACCAAAUACCAAUAGAACACAAAUGGUAUCGAGAAUUACUUUCUCCAGGUAGUCGAUAUAUUGUUUCCUUGGCUGAUUUACUAUCCUUCUUGUACAUCAAUGUUUGGUUAUGUUGUUUCACCUUCCUCAAGAACAUUGACGUACAUAUAUGUAUUAGAAGGAAAUAGUAAUGUACUCCGGAAUAUCAAAUUCAAAACUGAAAUUCAGUUUUUA